AUGGGAAGCAAAGGCGACGUUGCGCUCUCCAACCCGAGCGGCGCUCCGGAGAAAGACCUAACCCUCCCUCGAGAUCAAGAAAACGCAGAGGACGCUGAUGGCACCAUCAAGCGCCUCCGCGCCAAGAUCCAAGCUCUCUGGGACGUGAAAAGGGAGCUUGAGCUCCUGCACGACGACUCACGCAAGAAGCUUCACCGCGCCGAGGCGGACAACCGCUCCCUCGUCGCCGAAGCCAAACAACUCGAGGUAGAUCUCGCCGCCAUCGCUUCUGCCUCCAAGGACUUGGACGCCGAGACCGACUGCCUAAAGCGAGCCCUCAGGGAUCUGGAGGUCGACGAGGCCGAGAUCUCCGCCCUCAAGGAGUGGAAGGAUAUUGAUCUUCGUGUGGAGGUGAGGGACUCCGGGAAGCGGGGGGAGGCGACCGUGGAGGAGCAGGUCAAGAUCACGGAGGCGCGAGAGGGGGAGCUGCAGCAGGUCGUUAAGACACUCGAGGAGGCCAACACUCGACUGGAAAUGGAGCUCGCUGAAUGCCGGUCCCAGAUCGACAGGCAUCUGGAGAUGCAAGGCGGGCAUGAUGCUGCUGUCGCGGCGGCGAGGAGGCGUCUGAAGGUUUCUCAGGUGGUGGCAGCGGUGGCGUCGGUGGGAGCACUUGCUGCGGUGGCUGUCGCGGUCUAUCUUCACCACGGCAACCCCAGGAAAAGCGGCAAGCGAGAGUUAUGAAUUCUUGAGUGCUUUCUGAUCAGCAUUUUAGCUACUUCUUUCUUUUCUUGAUCGCCAUUCUAUUGAGUCUUAAGAUUUGCAAAUUUACUGCAUCAUGGUUGGUUAAGUACAUACACAUAUAGUUUAAUAUCUUUCUUAAUUAGAAGCUUUAUUCCUAGUAUGUAUGAUAUGUAGAU